AUGGACCUUCAGUUGAUCCGUCAAGGCGAGGCCUCUAAAGACAAGAACCCCGGUUCACCUUCCAUGUAUCUGCUCCCUGUUCGAUUGUCUCCAUGGGACCCGGACGAAGAACCUGAACAACCCGCGCCGACUCAGCCAUCGCCUCCCCCCACUCGCGGGCAUCCGAAUAUCCAACAUGAAGAAAAACGUGGCCUGAGACAGAGAUAUUCAUCCGUCUCUUUCAUGAAUGUGAUUGACCCACGGCUUCGGGGACCUUUUGCCUAUCCUGUUGUUCCUCAACCUGGCACUUCUCUCGCAAGUUCGCUUGCUGCGAGGGGGCCCUCACCUGUUGGUUUGUGUACUGUCACGGCGGCUACUCAAACUCCCAAUGUCGAGCUAACGGCAUCGCUGAAACUCACGCGUGGCGAGAUCGGGGAAUCCGUGGUGGAAGUCAAAGGGCUCUCAUCCUUGAAGCGAGUCCGGUUCAAUCUGCCCGAGCCAAGUCAGUACACUACAGAGCAGCCAGUACCAACCUCAACCGGCUUUGCAAUCCCGCCCAGUACCCGCAGAUCCUCCUCCAUGGAGGCAUCCUUCUCCAGCUCCGGGUCUCCCUCAAAGCCCACGAUCAAGAGCGUGUCCUCACCCGUCACUCCGCAGCAUCCAGCCUCCAUUUCCACGAGUCCUCUUCGCAGCGGCCAUCCGGUGCCAACCUCAUGGCAAUCAGCUUCGAAAUCGGAUAAGAUGAUGUCACUGAUGAGGCAGACGGCGGAUGCGACGUCUAUUUCGUGGGUGGAAACCGUGAAGAUCUGGAACGACCACCGGGAGCUCGGCAGCAAUGAGAUAACCUCAAUUGUCCUGCGCAGACUAUGGAGCCAUAUGAGGACCCAGAUCGGGGCUUGGCCAGGGUUUGAUGAUGCUCGUCUAGAAGCCGUGCACGAGUACAUGAAGAUGAAUGAGGAGGCUUUCGUGCAGGUCGCCCGGGACCUGUCGAUGGAGUUCGGUUGGGGGAUCUCCCGGCUGGUUUGCAAGGCCCGGUACGAGACCCUGAAGGCCAUGGGCAAGAUCAGCCGCAAGGGAAAGGGCAGGUCUCAAAGAGAAUACUAG